AUGCAGUCACUGCACCGUGUGGAACAGUCGGAUCCUGUCAUGAUCUUUGCAUCAACAACGCGUUCACAAGCUCCAUGCUAUCUAACAUCGCCUACUGUGAAUAACAGUGAAGCUCGUUUACUUCCGAUCGUAAGCCCCAUGAAAAGAAGUCGUAAGAGUCGCAUUGUGUUUGAUUUCUCCACCGAAGAGAUGGCCAAAUACUUUCAUAUGUCACAGCGUAAAGCUGCUCAACAGCUAGGAGUUGCUACGGUUACUGUCAAACGAAAUUGUCGACGUCUCGGCAUCGUGUGGCCCUAUCGUCUUAUGAAGUCAAAACGACACACCAUCAAUCGGUUAACAAUUUCACGUGAAGAUGCACAGCGUAUUCGACACGAGCGCUCGCUUGCACGGGCCAAAGCCAGUUGUUCACUUGCAGAUCGUAUUCAUAGUCAGUCACUGGAGAGUGCCGACGAUAAAACCGCUGCGAAUGUCUUGACAAUGUUAAAUCACAACCAAAUUGAGCUCACAGAGGCUGGUCGUGCGUUUGCACGGCUACCAUUCGACUGCAAAGAGACUUAG